UUAUGUUGUCUAUGGUAGGUCAUUUUUGAUUUCAGAAGAACUUGGUAUUGUCAUAACAUGGACGAAAUUGAAAAAGAGAAAAUAGCGGCACUGCCAUCACAAUUGCUUGUAACUACAGUAUGCCAUCCCAUGGAAUAUGCGAAAGUGCUCAUACAACUUGGUUACGAGCCCCUGCCGCCACGCCGGUCCACGACAUUAUUUGGACGCCCUGCCAUGAUAUUACCUAACGUUUUCCAAUACAUCAAGUUUAUCAAGACAUCAGAUGGAUUCUUUGGCUGCUACAGAGGCCUCUCGGCGAGAGUGCUCGGGCUGAUUGCAUCCAGUCAGCUCACUUCGAAGGUAAUCUACGCGAUGGGUAUCGACCUGCCCGAAAUCAAUGAUCCUCCUAAUAUCGUCACUGAUGAGGAGCCUAAGGUUGAAGACUAUAUAAAGCUGGGCCGUCGGGAUAUGAUAAUGCACACUGCUUCUGUCAUCGUGUCCUAUCCAUUCCAUGUUGUAUCUGUCAGGAUGAUGGCCUCAUUUAUUGGCAAGGAGGAAGAUUACAGCUCUUUGAUAGGUGCAGUCGUAACUAUCUACAGAGAUGAUGGAAUACGCGGGUUCUUCCACGGAAUUAUACCCAAGCUGCUUGGAGAUUUAACUUGUGUCGCUGUGACUGGUGUGUUGGCAUAUUAUGUGAACAAAUACCUGGUCAAAACUAAAGAUCUACGAUACUACACAGUACCACUGCUCACUUUUGUGACUAGCACUAUUACUUAUCCUUUGGUUGUGGUGUCUACUUGCAUGGCUGUUGCGGGCUGCAGCCUGAAGGCAGGCAACCCGCCUGCAAUGCCCAAGUACCCAUCUUGGCAAGCUUGCUGGAGGGACUUGCUGAGAAACAAGCAACACAAGCGAGGUUCCUCCCUAAUCUUUAGGUACUACAUUGCUCCUAUUGCAGCCAUGCAGUAGUCACACUUUACUAAUGUAUUUGCAUUUAUGUUAAUUAGCUAAGUGUUAUUCCAUGAUCACCAAAGUAGUCUCAACCUCGUAGUAGAGAAUUUAAAAAUAUGUACAAUUAACUGUGUAAAUAAUUUAGUAUAAAUGGUGUACCAUGCGGAUAUUCGUUUUGCUAGAUUGUUGAGUCAAGGUGUGGUUAUUAUUAAAUAAAUAUAUUUUAUUUCUCA